AUGACCACCAACCAGCCCCUAGGACCAGAAGUCCUCACCCCCCGAGCACAACCACCAACCCCCCACCCUCUCCCUGGCCGGACCAUAACUCUACACCCCAUCCAAGAAUCCCACGCCGGGGACCUCUGGGAACUUGUUGGCGGCGCCACCAACCCCCGAAAAGCCUCAGUCUGGACCUACCUGCCCGAAGGCCCCUACCCGGAAAGUACAUACCCCGAAUUCGAAGCCUCUAUCCACAGCAAAACCACCAGCAAAGACCCCCUCUUCUACACGAUCCUCGACAACCGCACGCUAAAGCCCCAAGGCUGGAUCACGCUCAUGAGCAUUGUGCCCGAGCACCUCCGCAUCGAGAUCGGGAAUGUGCUCUUCGCCCCGGAACUACAGCGCACGACCGGCGCCACCGAGGCUGUGUAUCUGUUGCUGCGGUAUGCAUUCGAGGAGCUGGGGUAUCGACGGGUGGAAUGGAAGUGUAAUGAUCUCAAUGAGGGGAAGUUGCAUUCUUCAGACAAAAGUAAACGACAUAACACAAUGGCCACCGCCUUCCUCAUCCUAGAUAUCCAGCAAGGAGUCACGGGCCAGAUCUUAGACGACUCGACCCCGGAACGAGAAUCCAACAUCCGCCGCCUCGCUUUCGUGGUCAAAGCCGCCCGAGAGAAGUCCGUCUGGAUUGUUCAUGUGAAAACAGCUUUUCGUCGUGGCUUCCCUGAUCUACAUCCUCGCAAUCCCUCGGCACAACGAGUCAUUCAAACAGGGAAGUACAUCGAGGGAGACGAAAGCGUGGAGUUCCACCCGGCAGUGGCGCUUCAUGAGAACGACAUUGUAAUCACUAAGCGACGGGUGUCCGCCUUUGGAGGCUCCGACCUUGAUGUGGUCCUUCGCAGCUCCCGCAUUGAGAAUCUUGUUGUGGCUGGCCUGAUCACUAGCGGGGCAGUGCUGUCCACGGUUCGACAGGCAGCCGAUCUGGAUUAUCAGUUGACAGUGCUCGAGGAUCUCUGUUUGGAUCGAGACCAGGAGGUGCACGACGUCCUCAUGAAUAAGGUCAUUGCAAAACAGGCUGAUGUGCUCGGAUCCGACGAGUGGCUGGCCCGUCUGUAG